UAUAAAUCGUUUUAUUCUUUAAACAAAAAUGAAAACAGAUUAUAAAAAAACAUAUAAGAAGUUAAAAAGGCGUGUAAAAAACUACCUUUUAGAAAACGCUUCUAUUGUUGAUGAAGUUUGGCUUUUACAAAAAGAGUUAUCUGCGGCGCGUUCAGAAAGAUUAUCCUUAAUUGAAAGACUUAUGUUUUAUGAAGGACUAGAAAAGGCUGCUAUCGGACAACAUCAAUACCUGCAUGAAAGCCGGGAUCACACAAGUAAAAAUGUCACACAAAAUCAGACUGUUAUGACCGAAAAAACAAUACAAAAUAAAUUCCCUGACAUACCAACACUACGUGAUAAAACCUUCCCAUUAAAAUUAAAUAAUAUUCUCGUACACUCCAUUGGUGAAAUUAUACCAGCAAAUCUAAAUUUUCAUACGUCGCAUUGGAUAUAUCCAGUAGGAUAUGUUGCAACGAGAAUUUAUGCACACCCAAGAGAUCCACGAAAAAAAUGUGUAUUCACAUGUAAAAUACUUAACAAUGCUGGAGUUCCUCAAUUUCAAUUGAUUCCUGAUAAUGACUUGGAUGGAGUGCUCUUCGGAGAAACUGCUAACAAAUGUCAUCAAGAACUACUUAAUUGUAUACAGGGGUCUACGAAUGAAUCUUUGAAGGUCGAAUUGAAACCAAAGGGUGAGGUAUUUUUCGGGUUAUCAAAUCCAAAAGUGAAAUCGCUUAUAAUGUCUGAUGUAAAAAUUAAGCAAUGCACUAAAUUUAAGGGAUAUAUCUUGCCCAAUGAUACCGAAAUGUUGGAAAAUAACGAUCCAACACUGUCCUUUGCGGAACUUCAGAGUUAUCUUAGACAAUAACAUUAACUUUUUAUCUAAAUAAAGAAAAUUGUAUUCCUGA